AACUGCCCAGCGCCAAAAGCAAAAGCGAGCAAGUCGUAAAAAUUCAAAAAUAAAAAACCACCAGUUAGCUCGCACUAACACUGCACUUAUGCUCACCGCCAUCGAGUAUAAGAAAACAAAAUUUUAAAAAGCUAAAAAAUGCUGCACGAGCUCUUACUAGCACUACUCGGCUACACAGGAGAUCUCAUCAUCGACGUGAGAGAGCAGCAAAAAUCAAUCGGCGUUCACUUAUCCCCGGACGCCGCCAUCUCCGACGAACGCUCCUUUAAGCUCGCCCCCGACAUUUCCUUCAUCGACCCCAGCGACAGGGAUUUAAUUGAAAGAAUCAUCACAUUAGGGUUUUACUAUAGAGAACUCGAUCGUUUUGCUACUAAGUCACGGAAUUUGAGUUGGAUUAGGUCAACUACAAAUGUGUCGCCCUUGACUAGAGCUAAUGAAUUAUCGUCACCGUCGUCGUCAAAGAAGAGUGAAAAACAAAGUGUAUAUAGGAGAGCCAUUGCUAAUGGCAUUGUUGAGAUACUAUCAGUUUAUAGAUCUGCUGUUCUUCACAUUGAGCAGACACUGUUGUCUGAAACCGAUCCUAUUUUGGCUACCGUCACACAAGGCCUUAAUAAGUUUUUUGUCCUCUUACCUCCGCUGUAUGAGCUUGUUUUAGAGAUUGAGCGUGAUGAUAUUCGCGGUGGACAACUUCUUAAUCUUUUACAUAAGCGGUGUCAUUGUGGAGUUCCUGAAUUGCAGAGUUGCAUUCAAAGGCUUCUUUGGUAUGGACAUCAGGUGUUGUAUAACCAACUUGCCUCAUGGAUGGUCUAUGGUAUUCUUCAAGAUCAACAUGGUGAAUUUUUCAUUGCAAGGCAGGAAGAGAGGGAUGUAGAAACUAGCUCAUCUCAAUCAGAUAUGUCUGCAAAAUUGGCACGUUUGUCAACUGAUGAUAUGUCUUUAACUGAUUGGCACUUGGGAUUUCAUAUAUUUUUGGAUAUGCUGCCAGAGUAUAUCCAUAUGCGUGUUGCUGAAUCAAUUCUUUUUGCUGGUAAAGCCAUCAGGGUUCUUCGGAAUCCAAGCCCAGCCUUUAAGUUUAAGGAUCCUUCACAUAGUCAGCAGAUACCAAAAGGUGGCCAUAAAUUGCAAGGGUUUAUAGGACGCUUUCCUUUCCAGAAGGAGCCUUUUAUGGAUUCAAACUUGAUUGGAGAAGAAUUACUUCCACAAUCUGAGGCUGAUAAGGUUGAAACUUUGCUUCGGAGCCUAAAGGAAUCAUCUGAGUUUCACAAAAGAUCAUUUGAGAGCUCUGUUGAUUCUAUUAGGGCAAUUGCAGCUAGUCAUCUUUGGCAGCUUGUUGUUGUCCGUGCUGACUUGAAUGGGCACCUGAAGGCCCUUAAAGACUAUUUCCUUUUAGCAAAAGGAGAUUUUUUCCAGUGUUUUCUUGAGGAAAGUCGGCAUUUAAUGCGUUUACCUCCCCGCCAGUCAACUGCUGAAGCUGAUCUCAUGGUUCCGUUUCAGCUGGCUGCUAUAAAGACAAUAGGAGAUGAAGAUAAAUAUUAUUCUAGAGUAUCCUUGCGGAUGCCUUCGUUUGGAUUCACAGUCAAAUCCUCCCAAAUGGAUUUACCCAAAUCAAAAGAUUAUUCUGAUGCAAACUCUGGUGCUGCAUUAUCGAAUGCUUCUUCAGAGAUAUCGCUUGAUGGCUGGGACGGUAUUGCUCUUGAAUAUGCUGUUGAUUGGCCUUUACAACUAUUCUUUACCCAAGAAGUGCUGUCUAAGUACCUUAGGGUUUUCCAGUAUUUGCUUCGGCUCAAACGAACACAGAUGGAAUUGGAGAAAUCAUGGGCCUCUGUGAUGCAUCAAGAUCACACAGAUUUUGCCAAUCACCGGUACGAUCGUAACUGCUCGGUUUCUCAGCAGCGGCGGCAACGUUUUAGGCCAAUGUGGCGUGUUAGAGAGCAUAUGGCAUUCUUGAUCAGAAAUCUUCAGUUUUAUAUCCAGGUGGAUGUAAUAGAAUCUCAAUGGAAUGUUUUACAAGCUCAUAUUCAAGACUCCCACGACUUCACUGAACUUGUGGGUUUCCAUCAAGAGUAUUUAUCAGCCUUAAUUUCUCAGUCUUUCCUGGACAUUGGCUCCGUCUCAAGGAUAUUAGACGGCAUAAUGAGACUUUGCCUGCAAUUCUGCUGGAAUAUUGAGAACCAAGAAAGCAACCCAAAUACAUCUGAACUUGAUCACAUAACAGAGGAGUUCAAUAAGAAAUCCAACUCCUUGUACACUAUACUGCGCAGUAGCAGGCUAGCUGGAAGUCAGCGAGCCCCAUUCCUUCGAAGAUUUCUUUUGCGUCUAAACUAUAAUUCUUUUUUUGAGGCAACAGCAAGAGGUGGUGUGAUGAAUGUUGUUAGACCUUCUCCCGCACUUCCUGUGAUAAAUCAACAAUAGUGAUAGCUACUUUGCUAAUGUGAAAGCCGCUUGAUGAUUCUCAUAACCUAUAUGAAUGCGAGCACUGUUUCAGUUGAUGGAGUUGGGGAAUUUUUUUUAUUAAGAAUGGGUUAAACUGAUUUUAAAGCAGUUGUACCUUAGACUCUUGGAUGAUGGUUUGCUUGGGGGGAACAUUUUCGUCGUCUAUAUGUUCGUCUGGAACCAUUAUUUUCAGGGUUUUGUACAAAAAGCUGGGUGGCUGAAUCUACGUGUCUAACUGUUUGGUUCACCGACAAUUAACUGCCCUUUUGAAAGUAAGAUGGCAUUGUUGGUAGCGGACAUUGGCACCGGCUUGUUCUCUCUAUUUACACAGUUGAUAACAAGGAAGUGCAACCUAAUCGGUUGCAUGAAGAGCAAGUUUGACUUGCAUUUAGUUUGUAGAGUGAAAUUUUGAGGAUUGUAAUUAUGAAGCAUUUCCACUGUAAGCGCUUGUUUUGGUUUGAUUUUUCGACCAUAGUCUGUGUUUGUUCAAUGUUGUGCUGGAAAUAUGAAAUUUAUCUGUAAUGACUGCAAUUAGAUUAGAUCAAUAUUUUAUUGAUAGUAAAAGCAAA